GAAUGCAUCUGAUUUUCUUUUUUGGUCAAAAUUGUUUUGCGUUUCCACAUUAUGAAGCGGAAAGGAAAAUGGGCCUGAGGCCCAUAUUUUGAGUCCACAAAAUCCGAGCCCACAAAACCUUUAACCCUAACAAUACAAAUAGAGCAUGUCUCGUACUCUUUUCUGGGUUUUAUGCCAAUAGCCGCUGCAACUUAACCGAACAAAGCGAAACCAAUCGAAGAAAGAGAAUCACAAAUUUUUCUUUGCAAUGGGUAAGGUUCAUGGAUCUCUUGCACGUGCUGGAAAAGUGAGAGGACAAACUCCCAAAGUUGCUAAGCAAGACAAAAAGAAGAAGCCACGUGGACGCGCUCACAAGCGUAUGCAAUACAAUCGCCGUUUCGUCACCGCCGUUGUGGGAUUCGGAAAGAAGCGUGGACCUAACUCAUCUGAGAAGUGAGGAUGAUGAUUGGUGGAAGGUUUUUUAAUUAGUUUGUUGAAUGUAAUACUACUUUGGUUUAAUUUUAAUCGAUGAAUUGGAACUAUGGAAUUUCUGACUAUUGUUAUAUGAAAGAGUUCUUUUUGUGCUAGUUAAUUUCAAACUGUGUUCAUUCCUUUCAUACAA